UGAGGUCGUCUCUGUAAAUAAUAAAUUACACAGAUGCAGAGAUACACCGCAUUGUAUCGCGUAUUUUUAAGUGGGACAGACUUAUCUAAAUGUUAUUACAACACUUUAGAAGGUGGCAGACCUCUGCCAGCCUGCUUGCUGAUAACCAGCACGGUAGGCUAAAUUUAGCGUGAUACUUAGCCGUUAGGACGCUAGCAUUAGCUAACCGUGUAGCUAAUCAGAGGUUAUUACAGGUUGUCUUGUCUUAAGAAGCCUCACUAGGAUGGGUGUAUGGAAUGACAGUCAUCUGUAGCAUCUAAUUGACCUGACGUGUAUAGAAGGCCACCGGCCAAGCUUGCCUUGGCGCUGGACCUCCUCCUUACCAUGCAGCCAUGAGCUCUACCCUGUGGAGCCAGGAGAAGCCCAGUGGGGGCUUCAGGGAGGACUGGCGCUUCUACAUGGUUGUGCAGGAAUGUACUGUGGAGAAGCCUCCCCAGAAGACCAUGAGGAUCCCCCGUGGUAGUCUAGGCCAGGCGUGCCAGGAGCGCAACAGCCUGGGGCGAACUCUGCCCCCAUGUAAAGGCAAGAAAAGUCUCCGCAUUUUGGAUCAGACCAACGUGGUGCUGAGCCUGGAUGAGCGGGAUGUAGUUGAGCUGGAUGAGAAGCUGGCUGAGCUGCUGUUCCCUAUUACCAACUGUGAGGAGCGUUACGCCCUGCUCUGUGACAAGUCACGAUUAGAGCGCGUCCGUGACAUUGACUGUGGCUCCAAGGUGCGUGUCCAGCUGCGCUCAGGGGAUGAACCGCUGCCUGGAGUGGUCCGAUUCAAAGGCUCGUUGCUCCCUGAUAGAGCCCUUUCUGGAAUCUGGUUUGGAGUGGAACUGCUGGAGGAGGGUCGGGGCCAGGGCUUUACGGAGGGCUCCUACCAGGGCCGCCAGCUCUUCCGCUGCGAGGAAGAGUGCGGCGUGUUUGUGGCCCUGGACAAGCUUGAACUCUGGGAGGAUGAUGAUGGUGAGCAGGAGGUGGAUCGCGGCAGACCGCCGGAAGACGAUCAGGAUUUUCCGCCACUGGAGAUCAACUCCAGGGUUGUGGUGCAGACCAGAGAGGGACCCGAGAGAGGCACCAUCAUUUUUUGUGGUCUGCUACCAGGCAAUGAGAGCUUGGGCUACUAUGUGGGAGUUGACAUGGAAGAGAGUAUGCUCGUUCACGUCUCUUCCGAGAGAAGAGAUACCAGUGACAUCUGUGCACGCUAUGAAAGAAGCUACAACAAGGACAAUCCUAUUGGGGACUGGGAUGGUGUAAUUGAUGGGAACCUGCUGUGUAAUUUUGCCAGUUUGGAGCACACUCGACUUGUCCCCAUCUGCGACGUAAUGCCAGAAUAUUCCAUGCAGGACCAAAGGCUGCAAAAGCUCAGUUUUGCCUCCAGAGGCACCAGCAGUGACAAGUCGUCCUCUGGACAAAGCAAACCAAAGAGCAAAGGAUUAGGUCAUCAGUGUGGCAGUAGAAGCAAGUCUGAGUUUUACUAUACUUUAAAUGGCAGCUCUCUUGAUCCCCCAGCUCAGUCCAAAUCCAAAAGCACAUGGUACAUUGAUGAAGUUGGAGAGGACCCUGCUAAGUCACUUACUGACACACCCCCCGACUUCAACCAGUCAUCCCCACCCUCCAGAGCCCCUCCUUCGUCCUCGCUGUCCAGUGACAAUAAGUUCCACUCGCUGCCCUUCAGCCUGAACCGCAAGACUGGGCCCAUCGACAGCAUGAGUCAUGGACCCCUCUCUCUCUCUGUCCAGUCCGUGAUGGGAGAGCAGCCCGAGCCCACAUCGCCCGCCGCCCCUCCUUCGCCUCGGCCUCAGACGCCUCCUCGAGCACAGCCAGGUCUGGAGGUGGGCUCUCUAGUGGAGGUGAAGGAGAACCCUCCUCUGUGUGGUGUAAUCCGCUGGGUGGGUCUGCCUCCUGGCCUCUUUGAGCCUUUGGCUGGGCUGGAGCUGGAAGAGGAGUGCCCCGGUUGCACUGAUGGCACGUUCAAAGGCACUCGGUACUUCACCUGCCCUCCUAAAAAAGCUCUCUUUGUAAAACUCAAGAGCUGCAGGCCUGAUUCCCGCUUCCCAUCUCCGCAUCACUCCUCCAACCCCAUAGAGCGGUGCAACUCCAUUGCAUUCGGGGGCUAUCUGAGUGAAGUCGUACAUGAGAACACACCUCCACGCACAGAGAAUGAUGGUUUGGAUGUCAUGGUGGGAAAAAAGAAAGGCAUUCAGGGCCACUACAACUCCUGCUAUCUGGACUCAACUCUCUUCUGUCUAUUUUCCUUCAGUUCUGUACUGGACACGGUUUUGCUGAGGCCACGAUCAAAGACUGACGUAGAAUAUUACAGAGAAACUCAAGAGCUGCUACGUACAGAGAUAGUCAACCCGCUGCGCAUACAUGGGUACGUUUGUGCCACUAAAGUGAUGAAACUCAGGAGAAUCUUGGAAAAAGUAGAAGCUGCCUCUGGGUUUACCUCUGAAGAAAAAGAUCCAGAGGAAUUCCUUAAUAUACUUUUCCAUCACAUAUUGAGGGUGGAUCCAUUGCUCAAGCUAAGGUCAGCAGGCCAGAAGGUUCAGGACUGUUACUUUUAUCAAAUCUUCAUGGACAAGAAAGAUAAAGUUGGGGUUCCCACCAUUCAGCAGCUCCUGGAAUGGUCCUUCAUCAACAGUGACCUGAAGUUUGCUGAGGCUCCCUCCUGCCUUAUCAUCCAGAUGCCCCGCUUCGGCAAAGACUUCAAAAUGUUCAACAAGAUUUUUCCCUCCUUGGAGUUAGAUAUCACAGACCUUCUUGAAGACACUCCAAGGGAAUGUCGUAUCUGUGGAGGCCUGGCUCUCUAUGAGUGCCGAGACUGUUAUGAGGAUGGGGAUAUCACCGCUGGGAAGAUCAAACAGUUCUGUGAAAAGUGCAAUACACAGGUUCACCUCCACCCGAGGAGGAAGGCCCAUCGGCACGGCAAACUGUCCGUCCCCAAGGAGCUACAAGAAGGUACGGGGCGUCAGGGCAGCUUUCCCCGUCAGAGGAUGGAGCUGUUCGCUGUGCUGUGCAUCGAAACCAGUCACUACGUGGCCUUCGUGAAGUACGGCAGCGCAGAUUCCGCCUGGCUCUUCUUCGACAGCAUGGCUGAUCGUGACGGAGGACAGAAUGGUUUCAACAUACCGCAGGUGUCUCCCUGCCCGGAGGUGGAAGUGUACCUGAAAAUGACUCCAGAGGAGCUGCACACCCUUGACCCCAAGAGCAUCCAGGGCCAGGCGCGACGCCUGCUCUGCGACGCCUAUAUGUGCAUGUACCAGAGCCCGACUAUGAGCCUGUACAAGUAGAAUUCUCUUGCAAACCCUGUAUUCCUCCCCUGCCCCUCAGCCACUCCAUCUCCGCCUCCCUCAGGGCAGGAGAUUCCCGGAAAGACCAUAAAGUGAAAGAUAAACUUACUGAAGAGGAGCUGCCUGACAGCAGGGGCGCUGCCCAGAGUAAACCUCUCCACUCUGCCUCUCCUCAAUGCCUGCCCAUUUCUGGAGGUUGGGGUGAUGGAAGAGAGUGGGUGAAGCCUAUUUGCACUGUGCAUUAGUUGAAGUGUUGUGUUCUUCAUGUAGUCCUAUGUAGCUUUCCUGUGUCUCACAGCUGAGCAUCGGUGGUUAAUGAAGCGGAGGAAGGCAUUAUGAGGAUUCACUCCCGGUUUAGGGAGGAAGCAGAUGAUGGACGGGAAGGCAAUGGCUGAACAAAAAUUCAGCAACAACAAGGCAAGCUUGUGGGAGGACCUCGCUCACCUCAUUUACCUUAAGAAAAGAGGAGUCCUGCUAUUCUUAAUCACUGUAAAUGAUGGGAGCUUUCCAUAAUGCACAUUAAGGAAGCAACGCAGUUCGCAAACCUCAUCCAACCUGUAUGUGCUGUUCUAAAAACUUGUGUAAAAUCUCUUGGUAGCAUAGAUUUCUCAAGGUAGUAACAUCAACAGUUUAAAUGGUCAACCACCUGUGCAGUCACAUUAAAACCAGACUAUUCUGCUCUUCAUGAACUGGUUUGCAUCGUCAUUUUUCCUCGUCAUACUCCUUAAACGUCUUUACAGUAUGUGUUUUGCAGAAUAAGAUGUAGCCAUUGUAAAAGUCUCAUUUCUCAACAUAGUCAAACAGCCAGUGCUGUCCCCUCACUCCAACCCCAAGUGAACAGAUCAGGAAACAUUUAGGUUUUGCACCCCCUCCCAUUUGAAAUCACAGGGAGUGCUAAUUUGUCGGUUGGGAGACAUUAGAGUUUUGUUACAGAAUACAAAUUUGCUCCUUCACCAUAGCUUUAAAGAAUGGACUGCAUUGCUAAUGCAGGGUAGAUGGCAGAUAAAUGCAUGAAGGGAGACUUGUACAAUGGCUUCUGUUGUAAAGCUGCUUGGUGGAGCGCUCCAUGCAUUCAUAGGGUCAAUGAGGUGAAAAACUGGAAAAGUCUGGCUGUUUCUUGGAGAGUGUGAUGUGAAGAAAUGCAACGUCUUGCUCAUUGUGUUAAUGAGUAAAUCUAAAUUAUGUGGUAUGUUUACAAAGCCUUUUUCUCUGCCCAUGUCGGCAGGUCUGAUUUCCAAGAGAAGCAAGCAUUGACUCUUGCUGCCUUUCAUGAAAGUGUGACAUGCAAUAUUUCCAGCCUGGCAACAGAUAACAAAACGGUCAUGAUUAAGUUAUUUAUUACAAUCUAAUGAUACCACAAACUCAUCAGAAAAUAAAAGAAACCGGGUUGAUGAUACUGUAAGGUUUGGGUACUCCUUGUCCUCUUUCACUGUAUAUUUAAGUGAGUUAUUGUACUUUAUGUUGUCUUAAAACAACUACUGAAUGUUAAUAGUGACACAUUGAGCAGUUAAAGGAUGGGAAAUGAAGAGGCACAAUGGUGGGAACCUUGGGGCAUCAUGUAUACACAUAUUUAAAGAACAUUUAAUAAUAAUAAUAAAAAAAACAAAUAGAAAGAUACUGUUUGAAUCCAUUAUAUUCCAGGUUUACAAAGUACCAAAAUCAUACCAGUCAAAGUAAAUUUUGUUGUUUUUCACCUUAAAUAUAAAACUGGAUAAAAUCAACAAACUUGAGACAUGAGCAUCAGCAUUACACUUAUCUAUUUUUCCUAAAAUGAAUGGAUUUUGGAUGUUUAGUAUGAAGAAAAUAUGUAAGACUGUUUUCUUUUUUUCUAAAUUACUGAUCUGUUUUGCUCAUUGGUCAUUUCCACUGUCGCAGGGAUUCUUGACAGUGGAACGUCCUUUGUGAACUUUUCGACACUGCUGGAGCUUCCCACUGACUGGAGUCAUGCUCUCUUUGACAGAAGUCUCAGAACAGAGGAUGGGAUUUGGGAUUUUUUUUUUUCUUUCUGUUGCAUCUGUACAGUGUAGACAUAUGUAACAGGUGGGAAAUUAAUGUCAGUGAUGUUCCUGUAAAUGUUAACUAAUAAAGCCCAUUUUGAAGGGUG